GUAUCCACACACGGCUUCACUUCAGCGGACUGUCAUCCUUGGAGCGGCCGCAGCAUCACCACUUUCCUCUUUUUCCUCGCUUUUUACGCACGGAUUUAACAUGGGCACGGCGUGAAGCGAGCUGUCCACAACGCAGCAGUGUUUUACGGACAUUUUUAUCGCCUGACCCGGCUGUUUUGGUUCGCAACAUGAUGGAGUACUGGAGGCAAUGCGCGCUGUGGCUGAUUAACUGCAAGGUGCUCCCAGCCAACCACCGGGUAACAUGGGAGUCCGCGCAGGUUUUCGACUUGGCCCAGACUCUCCGGGACGGGGUGCUUCUUUGCCAUCUGCUCAACAACCUCCGGCCGCAGUGCAUCAACCUGAAGGAGAUCAACCUCCGGCCGCAGAUGUCACAGUUUCUUUGCCUGAAGAACAUCCGUACCUUCCUGGCCUCCUGCAGUGACACCUUUGGGAUGAAGAAGAGUGAGCUGUUUGAGGCGUUUGACCUCUUCGACGUGAGGGAUUUUGGAAAGGUUAUGGACACAUUAUCCAGGCUAUCCUAUACAACUAUUGCACAACAAACUGGAAUCAGGCCAUUUCCAACUGAGGAGAGUGUCCAAGAUGAAGAAAUCUACAAUCAUUUGGAAGACCUCAUAGAUGAAAAAGUGGAGGAUGAGGAGGACCUGUACGACUGUGUUUUUGACGAUGAAGAUGGAGGAGAGAUUUAUGAAGAUUUGAUGAAGACAGAAGCCAUUGCUCCACCGACAUGUCAAAAGCAGUCAGACAUCAGGAGCUGCUGUUUAACUGAAAUCAAACAAACAGAGGAGAAGUACACCGAGACCCUGGAGUCCAUAGAGAAGCACUUUAUGUCGCCCCUCACCGUCUUUUUAUCCUCGACCGAGACUGAAAAGGUGUUUGUGAAUAUACCAGACCUGGUCAAAGUUCAUAAAAGUUUGCUGCUUGAAAUCCAAGACUCCGUGUUACACAGAAGUGCCCAAAACCUGUACCAGAUAUUUAUCACUUUCAAAGAGAGGUUGUUGAUCUAUGGAAAGUACUGCAGUCAUGUGGAGACGGCCAUCGCCACACUGGACGACAUCUGUAAAGACAGAGAGGAUGUCCGCAUGAAGCUCGAGGAAUGUUCAAAAAGAGCCAACUAUGGAAAAUUUACUUUGAGAGAUCUUCUGGUUGUUCCUAUGCAGCGAGUUUUGAAAUACCAUCUCCUUCUACAGGAGCUGGUGAAACACACACAUGAUGCCAUGGACAAGACUAAUCUGCGCAAGGCACUGGACGCAAUGAAGGACUUGGCUCAGUACGUGAAUGAGGUGAAGCGAGACAACGAGACGCUCCGAGAGAUAGAUCAGUAUCAGAAAUCCAUCGAAAACCUGAACCAGCCUCUGAAGAACUACGGGCGGCCCAAAGGGGACGGGGAAGUGCGGGUGUCUACAGUGGACAGGCGCGCUAAACAGGAUCGGCACAUCUUUUUGUUCGAUUCAGCAGUGAUUGUUUGUAAACGCCGUGGAGAUAAUUACGAAAUGAAGGAAGUGAUCGACCUCCACCUCUUCAAGAUUACUAACAACCCCACCUCGGACAAGGAGAGCCGCAAGUGGUCCUACGGAUUCUACCUCACUCACAACCAGGGACAGAGCGGAUUUGAGUUUUUCUUCAAGACUAAGGAGCUGAAGAAGAAGUGGCUGGAGCGAUUUGGCAUGGCGAUAUCUAACAUUCGUCCUGAAAAUGGCACCAACAACCACCAUGAAUUCCAGAUGCACACAUUUGAGCGGAUCACCUCGUGUAACUCCUGCCACAUGCUGCUGCGGGGAAUCUUCUAUCAGGGAUACCAGUGCCAGAAGUGUGGUCUGGGAGCUCAUAAGGAAUGUCUGGGACGCUUUGGAUCCUGUGGAAAAACAGAUCCGGGCUCCAUCAGAACUCAGAACAAGGAUAGAGAUACAGGUUUGCCUAAGAUGGUGGUCGUCAGGAACUACUUUGGGGUCCCCAGUCCUGCGUCUGGUCCACCCCUGAACAUUCAAACUGGAGACAUCAUCGAACUCAUCUGUGCAGAUCUACACAGUGCAUGGUGGCAGGGCAAAAUCCUGUCGACAAAAGAAGUUGGCUUUUUUCCCAGUGAUGCUGUGAAGCCCUGCCCUUGUGUACCAAAACCCAUAGACUACUCCACUCAGCCCUGGUUUGCAGGCCCCAUGGAGCGCUUUCAAGCUGAGGCAGAACUCAUCAACAGGGUUAACAGCACGUACUUGGUCCGACAUCGCAGCAAAGAGUUCACAGAGUACGCCAUCAGUAUCAAGUACAACAACGACGUCAAGCACAUUAAGAUCCUGACCAAGGAGGGCGGCUUCCACAUCGCAGAAAACAAGAAAUUCAGAAGCAUAGUGGAGCUGAUCGAGUACUACAAGCACCACUCGCUCAGAGAAGGAUUUCGAAGUCUGGACACAACUUUACAGUUUCCAUACCGGGAACCAGAGAACACUGCAAUGCAACGCCUCAACCGAUCUGGCAGCAACAUGUUUACUCCCAAAGUGAUCGGAGUGGCCAUUGCACGGUACGACUUCUGCUCUCGGGACACCAGGGAGCUGUCUCUGCAGGAGGGAGACGUGGUGAAGAUCUACACCAAGUCUGGAGCCAAUGGCUGGUGGAGGGGAGAGGUCAAUGGACGGGUUGGCUGGUUUCCAUCUACAUACGUGGAGGAGGGAGAGGAGUGAAAUGCAUAAGAAGACAAGGACAUAAACUACUUGUGACUGGCCCUCUGCUGCUCACUCCAGUGUUAAGCAUGGCUGUUCCAGAGCUGCUCCUGAACCAGGCCUCCGGGACAAUAAAGAAAAGGGCUUCAGUCCAUCGCCAAUGCAAAGAAGUGGCCCCUAACUUUCUGGUUGACUGUGCAGUUAAGUGACUCCACUCACUAGCAGCCUGCCUGUCAGAGGGAGCGCAGCCUGGGUCCUCCUCCUCCAAACUUCAUGUACAUCUUCAAGUCUACCACUCGGUACUGCAUAAAAGUCUGUGCCAAUUGAAGAAAGGUACAGAUAAUUUCACUCAUUCAUAAAUUCUUGAGUACCUGCCAUUGUACUGUUCGAUUUGGGAAAAUGGACGAUCAACAUUGGAAUCUUCUCAUUAAAUUGUCUGACCAUUUAGCAGUAAAAAUGUGGUUGGCUUCAUGUAGACUGGCUCCUAUUGACAAACUGAAAGAACUGUACAACAUGUGGAACCAACAGCCAGUUUCAGUAUUAAUUGUUCAAAGUAUCCAAAACAUUCAUUAAUCUUAAAGUGAAAUUACAUGUCUGGUACCUUUUAAACGCUCAAAAUCUUAAAUUGUAUUAACAGCACUUAGAAAAUUAAUAUCUAAAAUGUAUACUUUCAAUUAGCAUAAAAAACUAGAGGGAAAACAAGGUAAUACAUUUUAAAGAAGAUCUAUUCUGCUUAAAAGUGCACUGUGUAACUUUUCUGGUGGGGGGUUUGCCAUCUGCUUGUAUCCAUAGAGAUGGUGUGGUUGAUGUUAUUUACUCCAUAACAUGUUUUUUAUUGACCUGAAAAACUCACCUCUCCACAAAUCUGACAUGUAACUUAUCCCUAUGGCAUUGCCUGCUGUCUUUGUAGAGCUAUUAAUAAGCGUAAUGCAAGGAUCAAGGAUUUAAAGCCAAAAAAAGAGAAUGUUUGUUGAAUUUUAUUGCCCUUCUUCCUACGGGAUUUGACGCAUUACAUACUUCACAACAAACAGCAGCGACUGGUUAAAUAAAAAGUACCCGGCUACCGUCGAGUGAACGAAUCCUAAUGCUGCGAGGUCAGACGGUUUCUACGAAGUGAAACUGGUUGAAGAAUCAGGCUAGGUGACAGAUCCUCCACCUGAAAAAUUCCACAGUGCACCUUUAGAUUGGUCAAACACACCAGAAUCACUCCAAAUACAGCCAAAUGAGGGGGAGCAACUACUAGUAUAACAUGAAUAAAAGCUGUGAAAUGUCGAUUUUGCAUUAUAGGUCUUUUAAGUCAAAUUUGAGUGACAAGAAAGACCAAAAUGUCUCCAGUACCACUCUGCAUGUUCCUGUUUUCCAGCUAUUGAAAUACAUACACCACAUUGCAUACACUCCAUUACAUAACGAACCUCACUCUUUGUUAAUCCUCCUCUGCCUACUAUCAAUAACAUGCCAUGACCUCGCCAGUGUCUAUUUUUCAUCUUCUUUAUCUUGAUAUCGAUGACCCAAUUGCACACACACAUACCCCACACGUGCUCCGCCCACCUCUCCACCUCCUCAGAUUAAGAUACAGGAGUCAUUGGACCCUCUGGUUAUCUGCUCUCAGCUCUGCCAACCAUUGAUCGGAGUUGUUCCUAUUCUCCUCUGUUCUUUAUCUGCAGCGUGGCCUCGUGUUUUCCACUUGUUACGAUCUUCUUCUCUUAUCGGUGGCAGCUUUGAUGGUAGAAGAUGAAUUUCACGGGUUUUUCUUAUUGGAGGUAUUACCUGAAAUCCACUAGUCCCUCGUGAAGAUGCUCAGACUUUGUUUUCGUCAGAGCUCUUAUCUUCUGUCUUUUGAGUUUGGACAAGUUGUUUUUACACAUAUGAGGGAUAGCAUAUAGUGUUUUGCACUGAUCUGGUGGUACUUUAAUAUAAGACCAUUUGUAUUAAUUGUAGAGUAAAUAAGUAUGGAAGUGAAAGAAUUCAAAAGCUUGCAUUUCUUAAAAGGUCAAUUUGAAUACUACUCCAAAAACACAUACAUACAUUAAUUGGCUUAUUUUUCACAGUGUAGUAAUUUCAGUAAUUUUCUUUUUAUUUAGUCCAUUAAAGCCCACAUUGCUUAAAUACUAACAUGCACCCUUACUUUGAGCAGGCUGGUUUCUCCACAGACCUGACUUGAACAUGGCCUAGAUAUGAGCAUAUAUAGAUUUUUAUCCUAAUAUGUGUUUUAUCUGAAAUGUUACGCAGUAGUAAAAAGGUAACACACUUGUUUUGCUGAAUUUUUCUUAGUGCAAAAUGGUCGUAUUUUUGCAGUCUGUAAGUAUUGACAACUAACAAUGAAUACAUUAAUUAAGCACUGUUUUCCAUUGCGAAAAUAUUGCACGUGUUCUUUUUAUACAUUUUAACUUUUACACGCCAGACUAGAAGUACCACUGAUUCACUUUUCAAAAUGGCACCAACUCUUUUUGCCAAAUUUGCCAGAAAAUAUCUAUUCCCACAGUACUUCAGUCUGAGAAACACAUUUAGCUUCUGUCAAUAGUACAUUAACACUGUUUUUGGCUGCGUAGCUCCCUGUCCUCCCUCUCACCCCAUUCAGCUCCACUCUACACUGUCUCCUUAAUCCUCAGUGAAAAGAGGAUUCUCCCACUUUAGAAAGAAUUCAAUAGCUUUUACUGCGAAACACACCUCAACAACGGACUUACAAAGAGCACUACAAAUCACUGCUGAAAACAUGUGGACGGCUUAAUCCUACUCACAAUAUUAUGACAGAUUUUGUGACAUUGCAUUUAAAUUAUUUGAAAGAACAAACAAAACUGCAGAUCAAAAAACGUAGAAACGUUUGAGAAAAACUAUAUCAACACAGAGCUGGCUUACAAAAUACACUGUGAUAUUGGAUAAAAACUUAUGAUUAAGGUCCAAUAUUACAUAGAGUGUAAUAUAAAUUGCCUCUAAAAACACCUAUAUAUUUUGGUAUAUUUUCUAACAUUGGCUUUUACUUUUCAAAACUACACAGAAUGAAACAGGAUGCUUGGAUAAAACAGUCAUAAACAUUGCUUCUGCCAACACUUCUUUGUGCGUGUUUUUCACAUUCGCACACACCUACACUUGGCAUUUUAAAAUCACCAUCUCCAACUGUUUUACAUAACAGAUAAUGUAUAGAAUUAUGUUGUUGCAAACGAUUCAAACAUGUGAAGCACUUUUUCCUUGUUAAUAUUGCAUCAAGCCGCACAUUGGGUUAAUAGAGAAGUUUAGUGGCUGCAGGGGAUCAGACAGUCUUUGUGUCUAAGUCUGGGUGGUGUUUUUUCCCAGCAUGCCUCGGGGCAAAGCUUUGAUUCAAAAGCCUUCCUCUUCCCCUGUCAUGUCGUCUUAUUGUGCGGGUGCCAUUGGGUAUUGUGCAAGAUGGAUUUGGAAUAAUUAUAUUUGAAGAAGUGAGAUUGAAUGGGUAAGACAUGUUUUUAAAUGUAAGCUUAAUUGGGCAAUUAUGUCUCAAAGAUGUUAAGAGCUUUUUAACAGCAGUUGAAGUCAUGCAUCUAUGCUAUAGGAUAAAGACAUGUGUCAGUGGUGAAAGUGCUAUUUGACCAAAGUGAAGAUUCAUAGGCUUAAGUGAAUGUAUGUUUAGAACAGUGUCAUUAAGUCACCACUAGAGGGAAGCAUCCCAAACUCAACUUCCAAAAGUUUGGAGGUGACGUCAUCUGAUUAAACAGUGUUGUCCUUGGAGAAUCUGUGUUUUAUACUUCAUGAAGCUAAACAAACACCUCUGUCUUUAAAUAGACUUAAGUAAUUUUCUGAUCAAAAAGGAAAACUAUUAUUAAGUACUUAAGUAUUGCUGUUAAACUACAUGGCAGACAAGAAAAAAUAUUGUAAAAACAGAAUUUGGAUUAGCUCCCUCUUUCUUCAGUGACUGUUGUAGUUACAACUUUUACUUUUAAAUCAUCUUUGUUAACAUGUCAAAUCCUUUAAUUCACUUCUCCAAAGCUAAAUGCUGCAUGUCCAGGCAUUACCAGACUAGUAUACAGCUAUAACAGCAUCCUCCCCUUUUCCCAUAAUCCACUGUUGUGAUCUUCCUCAUAUGAACUCUUGACAGUGGGACCAUUUACCAGCGCCCCUCCCUUCCAGUCAGGUUCGGGACAGGGGCGGCAGGUGGGGGAGGGGGGGCUCAAGGGUAUCAGUGAUCUAAUCAUUACAGCGUCUCCUCACCUCACCGACCCGCCUGCAUCCAUCUUUAUGUCACAAACCACAAUACCACAAACGCACAGACUUAUCCUGCUCCGCUUCUGUCACCUCUCUCCCCUCUCUCUCUCCCUCUGUCUCUCCAUCUCUCCACCGCAUCUAUCUUUUAUCCAAUCUCCGUCUCCUCUGCUUGUGCCUCGUUCAGUCGCUUCUUGUACUCGUGUUUGGGAGACUGCGCGACAGAGGAAGCGCUACAGUUCAAUAGCACUUACAAUGGGCAAAAUAACAUCCAUCUUAACAAACUGUGGCCAUUUACAGCAUUGAUUCUGAUGUGAGCUACAGUGAUGGAGCUAGAAGAGUUUACUGCAUUGGGGGCUAGUUCUGUUCUUGCAUGUCAUAUUAGUUUUAAGUACAACUCUGCAACUUAUCAAAUUAUCUGUUUUUUAAAAAUUGCAAAAUCUUGAAAUUGCGGAUCAUUCUAAAAGAAGUUUAUUCCUGACUUUGAUGUAAAGCACAUUAUGGUACAAAUGCAAUCAGAUAUUUAUACAAAUGUAAUUGAAGUUUGCAGUUUACUAUUUCUUAAAUAAUAGUUUAUGAUAAGAAUGAAAAUGUAAAGAGCUUCCCCUGUUUGAAAGACCAGCAGUCCCUACUCUGAUUUUGAUUAAAAUAAAUUGAUUAAAAUUGUAAUUGGUUAGCAGUAACAAUAUUUCUUAACACUUUGACCGAGAUAAACCCUGAAUCACCUAAAUUAGUCCCUUAGUGAAGAGAUACAAUGCCACUUAUAGUUUUGCUUAUUUUGCCAGUUUUAGUUGUAAAAUAUAGCCAAAUAAAUGCUAUCAAAAUGUAAUAUUUAAAUCUAAUCUCAUAUUUUUAUUUAUCUAUAUCGUGUUUCUCCUAUUUCUGUUUGUAUUAUUUUUAAGUCGUAUUUAUUUAAAUCACACAAUUUGACCAGAUGCCAGUAACAUAAUCGGUUCGGAGUUAAAGGUGGUACUUAUCAAAAGGACAAUGUCGUCAAUGGGAGCCAGUCUUCAUAUGAUUCAGAUGCCCAAAGACAAUAACACUGUUUCAUAAAUGAAAUAUAAAACAUGUGUAUCAAUGUAUCACUCCAUAACUGUAUAAAAUAUAAUUGGGAGAUCAUUUUUACAUGAAUCUACUCAAGUCAAACAUGAGAAUUGACUGUGUUUUGUUCAUUGUUCAUUAUUACUGCUAUAAUCCAGCCCCUCUUCUUGACUGAAUUCUGUAUCCUCAUGUUAUAUUUGUUAAUUGUCAUUAUUCUGAAGCCAAAGAUGCUCUCUGUACUGUGAUGUCUCUCUCCUUGGUACCGACCGACCGUUGUGGCCUGAAACUGAAACCGUGCAAUCCUGUGUAGCAUUAUGUGUAUUGUUGUUGUAUUAUAAUGUAAAUAAUGUAUAUAGCACAUAAUAAAAUAUACAUUGCUUCUUCUUA